GAUGGUCAAUCAGUGAGCUGCCUCGUUCUUAUCCAACCUCAGGUUCGGUUCCAAACCUACUAGGCUCGGUAUUCCUGCCUAUAAAUGCAACACCUCGAAGAUAAGAAUUCAUACGUGUACGAGUUCAUUUCUUCAGCUCAACAAAAAUCCGAUAAAGACAACUUGAGGUAGCAAUUUGAAGAAAAGCAUUAUGGCGUUAGUUUCUGGAGGUAGAUCAACAUUGAAUCCAAAUGCGCCCCUCUUUGUUCCUUCAUUCGUGCGCGAGGUAGAGGAUUUUUCACCAGAAUGGUGGAAUUUGGUGACAACUUCAACAUGGUUCCAUGACUAUUGGAUGAGCCAGAAUCAGGGAGAGGAAUAUGGUGCUUAUAAUGAUGUUGCUGCUUUGCUUCCUGAAAAUAUUGAUCUCAAUGUCGAUGAGGAUAUCUUGAACAUGGAAGCUCAGUUUGAGGAAUUCCUCCAAUCAUCCGAAAAUGAGCAACAUGGGAUUAAGUCUUCUCUUUAUGGUGUCAAUGUGAUGCCACAAUAUGGUUUACCGUCUGAUGCAUUGAUAAGAACAUUGAGUUCACCACGAUCACCAAUUGGGCCACCCAAGUACUUUGAGAAGCCAGCCAAGAUUGUGAGCCCGAAGAACAGCUUCCGCAGCAUCCAGCAGCCCCGCUGAAUUGCUAGCCCUUUGUUUGCAGCUACUCUAGACAAGCAGCACUUUAGAAAGUCUCUUUUAAGUUUUUAGUUUCAUGUAACUUUCUGUAUAGAGCAAGGUAGGUGGCACUCUUGUAUCUAGCCUUGUUCAUAGUCUAAUGUCCGUUCUCUAACUUAACUACUUGUAAACAACAAAAGUGUAAGAGGGAAAAAAAAAAUGUAAAAACUAGCUUGAACAAAAAUGAUAAAAAUGAGCACCUUUCUAAGUUUCA